GGUGGCUGUUGAUGUGCAAAUGUGCAUCAUGUUGAAGGGCUGUGAAUGGGGAGGUGUGACGUAAAAAGGGACCCGAACGCAGGUGCUUAUCUCGAGGCUGUCAAAGGCACAGUAUGUCAUAUUCCUGGGGACUACCUUUCAAAGCCACAGCACCAGCUCAGCUAUCAAGAGACUGGGAGAAAAUCAAACUUUUUGGAUCACAGCACUAGAUAAUGAAUUACACUAUCACCUCCUGAGAAAAAACAAGUGUGAAAACAUCAACCAGACUGGACAGUGCGGAUCGGGCAUCUUAUCCUACAGAGUGCUUGGGAAACUACGAUCAAAGAUGGAUUCUGAAGGUGAAGAGCAAACAUUGAAAGCCUGUAACGGUAGCACAGGGCUUGCUGACUGCAUCACUGAGAUUCACAGCCCAUAUGGGUCCAUGGCGAGGAAGAGGAGUGCUCAGGAAGGGGUGCAGGGCGCCCCCGUCAACAAGAGAAAGUCCCUGCUGAUGAAGCCCCGCCACUACAGCCCCAGUGAGGCAUGUGAAGAGGAGAGCGAGGACCUGGCACCGCCAAAGGACAAAGAAGAGCUGAGGAACAUUGACACUCCAGCAGAUGAAAAUGUGACUGCAAUCAAUGGAGUUGACCACAAAAAUGGCUGCUAUGACGCAGCAGCAAAGUCUAGCGAUUCUAUCGGAUGGUCAGAAGUUACAUCUGAUGGCUCGCCACAGUGUGAGCCGGACACAUCUGAGCGUCUGAUGGAUGAAGAUGAAGAGGAGCUCCUUAAAAGUAAUGUAGAAGAAGACCAAAGUCACGACAGGAUGAGCCGUACGUCGUCCCCUCGGAGUCUAUACGAAGACAUGAGAGAGGCUGAAUGGGAGCCGCUGUCUCUGUCUGCCAAGGUGAAUGGCCCCGGCUACAGCCCCUCCAGAGCCUCUGAAGACCGGAACGGCCUCAUGAAAGAAACGCCUCACCCAGAGUUCGGCGGAUUGUUGGCUAGAGCUAACCUUUUUCAGGCCGAAGCUCUAAGAUACAAGCCGCUCCCAACAGAGGAGGACAGUGAGGGGGAGGCGGAGGCAGAGAGGCCUCCUCGGCUGGAUGGCUGGGCUCUGGGCCUCCACGAGAGAGGCCUCGAAAUGAACCAUGGGAGGGUGAACUUCAGCCUGUUGGAGCAGGCCAUAGCGCUGCAGACGGAGCAAAGACAGGUCCUGCACCACGCCUACAGGGAGAUGGACCGCUUCCUCCUGGAGCAGAUGAGUAAUGAGAGAAGGCACCACAGGAUGAUGGACAUGGACGGCAGACUCAACUAUCAUGGAGGGAAAGACUCUCCACGGACAGAUAAAAAAGAUAUCAAGUGUCCCACUCCAGGCUGCGACGGCACCGGUCAUGUUACCGGCCUGUACCCACAUCACAGGAGUUUGUCUGGGUGUCCCCAUAAAGUCCGAGUUCCACCGGAGAUCUUGGCGAUGCAUGAGAACGUCCUCAAGUGCCCCACCCCUGGGUGCACAGGAAGAGGCCAUGUCAACAGCAACCGUAGCACCCAUCGAAGUCUCUCAGGCUGCCCCAUCGCCGCUGCAGUGAAAGUCUCCAAACCUCAGGACGAGAGCCUGAAAUGCAGACAAACACCUGACCGCUCACCCAGAGCCAUGGGCCUGAUAAAGAAGUUUGAGAUGAACCAGUUGAACUACAGGCUCUCUCACCCAGUAGCAGCCUUGCAAACGAGCCUGACAAAAGACAUGGACAAGUACAAGUACAGCAGAAUCCGCUUUGAUUAUGCCAGCUUUGAUGCGCAGGUCUUCGGCAAACAGCCUCUAAUGGGGACUAACCAGGACCCAGAAAUGUCUCAUUUCCCUGACUCACCACAGCAGUAUCCUGGCUUCCUUGGAGCUCCAGGUGGCCGCCUGCCCACCUCUGGUCAGCACAGCCCCCCGAGUCAAUUCAAAAAAGAAGAUGGUCUCCAAGCGGCAGCAGCGACUGCCGCCAUCCUUAACCUCUCCACUCGCUACCGGAAGAACAUGGAGGCUGUCGCCGGCCGGCCCUUGGCAACCUCCACAAAGGACAUGCUUAUAGAGGUGGAUGAAAAUGGAACCCUGGACUUGAGUAUGAAGAAGUGCAAAGAAAAUGUCAAAGCAAAAACACCUUUGGAAGACCCGCUGUCCCUGUCCGAGCCCUCUGUGGCCAAAGGGGGGAGCAUGCUCAUCAGCCCUGCCUUCUACCAGCCACUGUGUGAGAGAGACAGCUGGGAGAGCCCCGUCCCUGUCAACUUCAGCAAAGCACACCUUUUACAGGAGCCAGAGGAGGAUUACGAUCACAUCUCUUUGGAGGACCAGCACUAUCAAGGAGACGGCAGCAUGCUGAGUCCCAAAGCCAAGCUGCUGUUACGAGAUUCAAAGAAAGAGCUUUUGAGCUGUCCGACCCCAGGCUGUGACGGCAGCGGCCAUGUGACGGGGAAUUAUGCAUCACAUCGGAGUGUGUCUGGAUGUCCCCUGGCUGACAAAACACUCAAAUCACUGAUGGCAGCCAACUCUCAGGAACUAAACAUGAAUCCAGCGCUCUGCUCGCAGUCUUUUGCUGUAAAAAGCACCUGGUCUCUGUGUCUCUCAACCUGCAGGUGCCCAACACCUGGUUGUGAUGGAUCUGGACAUGUGACUGGGAACUAUGCUUCGCACAGAAGCUUGUCAGGAUGUCCACGUGCCAGAAAGGGAGGUUUGAAGCUCACACCAAACAAGGAUGACAAAGAUGAGCAAGAGCUUAAGUGUCCAGUAAUCGGAUGUGACGGGCAGGGCCAUAUAUCGGGAAAAUACACAUCCCAUCGCAGCGCAGGCAGUUGUCCGCUCGCUGCCAAAAGACAGAAGGAGUCGUCCGUCAAUGGGCUGCCCUUUGCCUGGAAGGCCAAUAAACAGGAACUGCCCCAUUGUCCCUUGCCUGGCUGCAAUGGCCUUGGACAUGCCAAUAAUGUGUUUGCCACUCACAGAAGCUUGUCGGGCUGCCCACUGAAUGCACAGAGUAUCAAGAAAAAGCACUCAGAGGAGGAGAUGAUGACUAUCAAACUGAAAACAAGCAGUGGUGUUGAAAACAAAGAAGAUAUUCAGUAUUUGGAUCAUGAAAUUAAUGAACUGAAUGAAUCCAACAUGAAAAUAGAAGCCGAUAUGAUGCAUCUUCAAACCCAGCAGAUCUCGUCUAUGGAAUGUAACCUGAAGACAAUUGAAGAGGAGAACAAGAUGAUCGAACAGCACAACGACAGCCUCCUGAAGGAGCUUGCUCGCCUUAGCCAAGCUCUCAUUAACAGUCUAACUGACAUUCAGCUGCCUCAAAUGGGACCCAUCAGUGAGCAUAAUUUUGAAGCCUAUGUGAACACAUUAACUGAUAUGUACAACAACUCGGAGCAUGAAUACUCUCCAGAGUGCAAGGCCCUCUUGGAUAAUAUCAAACAGGCUAUUAAGGGCAUCCAUGUUUAAGCUGUAGAGCUACCAAGAGGUUUCUUUGACUUGGGAUAAUGGCACUAGAUAGCUCUAUUUUACUGAAGAGUGCUGGCUUGGCUGCAUGUGUAAGACGAGGCUUUUGGAAAUGUGUUUGGCAUUUCCCCGGUAAAUACACUGCAGAGAAAAUGACCAGCCGGAUUUGUAAUGCUUUCUCUGUUUCUGCAUUCACUUGAUAUGUUUAUCCUGGUGAGAUUUUUACCCCCUCUUGCACUUAAUUAUUUUGUAUGGUUUGCUUGAUUUUAAUCUGUAUGUGUUCAUGUCAUUAUUAUAUUAUUGCUAUUUAUUAUUAUAUUUGUUCAUCAGUGUAUUUAUUUCCUUGAUUUUUAUUUAUUUCUAGAAUUGUAAAUGAUUAAUAUUUAAGAAAUCUGUUUCUGCACAUUGUAAAUUACAUAGAAGCACAUUCCAAUUUCAUGGCAUACUUACGCCAUCUAGUGUUGAGAACGUAUAUUAUUAUUAUUAUUAUUAUUAUUAUUAUUAUUAUUAUUAUGAUUAUUAGACCCUAAGUUGGAUCUCCCUUCAGAGUUAGAAAAAAAAACUACCAAAAUGAUGAAGCUUCAAUAUUUGUAAGCAUUGCUUUUGCUUUGUUUAUUGGAAACUGAAUGUAAGACAAAGUGACCACUGGGAUUAAGAAAAUGCAAUGCAAAUGUACUGUACCUAUUCCUUCUCAAACAAUAGCAGCUGAAUGCAACAAGGUGACAGUGAGCAAAAAUGCAACAUCAUUUAGUGACCUGAAUGUCAGAUAACGUGCCACAAGAAAAGUGCAACAAAAAUCAAAAAAAGUCCACUUUGUCAAGAUGUCUUUUUUUAAAUAUAGAUAUUAAACUGCCUUCUGUGCACACACUCUGGAGUGUGCAUAUAGUAUGUGCCUAAAUGUAUAUGAAUCCAUAAAAAUAUACGAGUAAUCUGUUUUGUGGUAGGACAGUAUUAUGUGGAUGGUGUCUAAUUUAUUAUACAGUACAAUUAUUUUCAUAGGAGGAAACGUUUCUGAUGACUGUUUGAAAUACUGUUGUCUCAGUAGCUGUAAUCUCAGAGCCAGGUUUUGAAAAAUCACGACUGAGAUAAAAAAUAAUAAUCUGGUGUUUAUUUCAACCUUUGCUAGCAUUCAGAGGGGAAAAAGAAAGGAGUAAACUUUUUAAAACAAACAUCUACUUUAGUUUUUUUCUGUUAAACUGCUUACAAGCCUUAACAUCUCAACCAUUCGUACACUUUGAAUACCGGUGUAACGCUUGAAGCAGAUUGGAGUA